AUGUUGAAUCCCUCUGAGGCGUCUGUAAACGGCCUUUGGAGAGACGAAUUCAUCGAAGAUGAAGAAAAUCUUUCAAUGAUCCUGCAGGCUCUGGACGAUAAGCAAUGGGGCGAUCAUUUUAUGGAUCUAAAGAAUAAGAUACAGACUGAUCUCCCUGAGAUGCCGAUGGAUAUCAAAGUUCAAAAAAUCUUUGCAACCCUACGGGGAUUAUGUUGGGGCACCGAGGCAGUGACAAGUUUGACUCUUUUUGAGGGUAAAUACUACGACAUGGAGCAACUUAUCAAGGCCAGGAAGAAUAGCAGUCGUAACUGUUCUGCCUCCUCAGAGAGUACAGUUGAUUUGGCUAGCAUAUACGUAAAGCACGAGCCUACUCGCUCUAAUGGAAGCCGUCCGAGUUCACCUUACUCUGACUCUGGUGUUUCUAGACCUGGAAGUCAUGAUAAACUAUCAAGUCACUUGGCUCCUCCUAGGUCCAUCUCCAAUCAUUAUGUCACCCCUUCAGCAAGAGGUUCCCCGAAUAACCUGCGACUGGAAAAUCCCUCUCCAGAACGGAAGUCAGUAAAGGAGAGUAAAGGAUUUAAAGUGAUUGGGCAUAACGAGAGUCUUGAUCUUACUCCCUCUCGGACUCGGAAAGAACCAGAAUAUACAUCUUUAUCUCAUUCGCGCAUCCCAAGCCGCAUGGCAGAACUGCCAUCACGUCUACCUUUCCUACUUAGGAAGAAAAUGACAGUUCAACCCUCCAAAGUUCAUAUGCUUAUCAGGCAGCCUGAAAGUUCUGAAUAUAUCGGACAGAAGAGUGGUAUCCCAGUUAAAGGCUCUACUCCUAACUCUACAUCAAAGUUUACUAGGAUUCCGGGAAAAGACAAGGCACUCCCGUCUCUCCCUCAAGCUUUCUCUUUCCCGGGCUUGAGGCAUGAGUCAAAAGGUGACAAUUCUAGCUAUCCAAUGCCUUCGAAAGCAAAUACAGAGCAACCCGGGAGAACCAACUCAGGAUCUCAAAAGACUUUGUCUUCGGAAAGCUCAUCGCUGAAUUCAUCAGCGAUUAGAAGAAAGGAGCUUCCAACAUCUUCCACCAUAGCGCUAAAUACGGCAGAUGCGAGCCAUAAAAAGCCAGUGAUAUUUUCUAUCAAAACUCCAAUUCCUGCUAGUAAAUCUUCCAACACUAUAGUGCAAGAUGCAGGCGUCGAAGAAUCGUCAAUCAACACAGUUACACAAAUCUCACACACGGUAAUCUCUGCAACUCCCAAUAAGACAACUUUUGCCGAUAGGUGUGAGCCCUCUACUCCUAACGAAGAUUUCGGUUCAGCCCUUGAGCUGCCCGGGAGAAGCAGUCGCCAACGUAGCACAUCUCCCAGUUCGAUUACUUCAUCUAGCGAAGGAGCUCGCAUGAAAUACCGGGGAAGGGCUUACGAGGACCAAAGAUGGUCACGGAACUAUAGCCCCGGGCCCAAACGUCCUCGAGAGGCGCCAAGAAUCGUAAAUAUCGUUAGGAAUUCGAAAGGGGCCAUAUGUGUCGUCCCCGCAGAUGAUAUUGAUGCUAAACAAAUAAGACUUGAAAUGAGCUUGAAAUCUAGCACUAAUAGCACUCUUUCCUCGAACCCGAUUGAUCUUAGACCGCCUAUAUCUGGUGCCAAUGAGACUAAGAGGGCCCACCAAGUUACUAGGAAGGUUCCCUCACAUGAGAGCGUUUCGAAGAUACUAAACUCGAAGCAGCCUGGCAGAAAAACCUCAAUUCAUGAAAAUGGUCGCCAGACACAGGACCCAGCUAGAAACUUCUCCAAGGGGCACCUCAACACUCAAGGAUAUAUGGUGGAAGAAGCGAGAGAGAACGCAGAACCCAAUAAGACUACAACCCAAAAUAUUGGGACUGGACGUUGCGUUCAUUCAUAUAUUCCAAGCCAAAAUUCCGGUGUCAAUUGCAUUCAUAAUUCGUACAUUCCGAAAAUUUCUCCACAGCCGAGGGUUGAUGGUGCAAACAAUCAGCAGAAGAACGUUACCAGUCCGAAAAACGUCAUUAUUCCAGGCAUUGAAAGGAAUUAUAUGCAAUCGCUGGUCAAUGACAUGACUCCUCAGCACUCGCACUCCUCCCUUAAUCAGCCCCCUCUUUCUGGAAGUUCAUGGGCGGCCUUCUCUGGACCACCUUCUCGGCAUAAAGGACAAUCGUUUGAUAAUCAAAGGUUAGGACUAUCCAACCCGGUAGACCAGAGGAAUGACAAAAGUUUCGACCCCCUAAAGAGGGAGGAAGCCAUUCAACAUCGAAUAUCCAAAACCAAUGGGGCGGGCGAAUCGACUGUGGACGGAGCACAAAUCUUUACUACCAACUACCGGAAAUCAAGUAGUUCCGUGUUAGUUGAUAUUACUGAAAUUGGAUCUGCUAGUAAUCCGAGGGUUAUGCCGAGUGGUUGCACUUGGUUCGGUGGCACCCCAGGACCUAUGGUUGAAUCACUUAUCCACAUUGAUUCCCAGAAGGAGAAUUCUCGCAUUUGUAUCGAUAACAAACAACAUUCCUUUCAGUCCACCUCUAGUGGAACUGUCAAAUCUAAGUCUGGGCCACUUGAGAACUUUGUGGGCUGGCUUAGCCGGGGAUCACCAAAGUUUUCUCAUACUGAAAGCGGAGGUUUCCUCAAGUAUGCCACUAUCAGGAAGAAUAAAGAAAGAUCUUCGCCCGUAACACCCCACGGUGAAUUCUCCCAGGAUGAGGUUGUGAAUCUCAUGAAGCGCCUUUCAGCUCAGAUCCCUCAGACUCCUGACGGAAAAAAAGUCUUUAAUGGGCUUGGUGGAAGAUAUUACACGUCCAAUAUUCCUAGCCUCGAUAAGAGUCCUUCCAAGGACGAAAAGAAGAGAAAUCCCAUUGCUGUCUGCAUGGAUCUUAUCAACGCUGCGAGUAAUGAGCCUCAGAGUGCCCGACGUGAGAAACUGCUGCAGAUGAGCAGGGUUAUGGUGGAUGCUGUGAGCAAAAGUCGUGAUGCCGAGUGUGCUGCCGAGGAGGCGGAAAUGGCAGCGAAAAGGGCAGAGAUAGCAUUUUUGGAAACAAGGAAGCAUCUGGCGCAGAUGACGGAACUGAUGAACAAAAAACAGGAUAUCUAA